AUGGCGUAUACAAAUUCGGAUACAGUAUCAGUUUUAAUCUUUUCCCUCUUCUUGGGAAAUUUCUGCAGCUCGUCAGAUGAACCCGUUUCUAGUGGGAAAUCUUUGAGCAUUAAACCAUGCGACGAUUUGCUGCCGGGGCAGUACCAGUGUCAAACUUUUCAUCUUCCGCCGUCCAAAUGUAACGAAACCUACAGUAUAUCAUGUGUCUUAGCAGCGGGACUUUUAUGUAGACUAAGUAACUCAUCGAAUACAGCUGAGAAAUCCGCAGAAGACAAUUCUAUUUCAACCGAUAAGACAAACGAAACUGAGUUGUCUCAAGGUUUAACGGUGUCUGCGUUUAACCAGACUCUUAAUUGUCCGUACAAUGAAACAAGUUAUAGAUACGACAUCGCAUUGCUGCUCUCGGUGCUGUGUGGUGUUGUAGGAGCAGAUAGGUUCUACCUUGGGUACCCUGCUCUGGGUGUCCUCAAACUGUUCUCCUUUGGGGGUCUUCUAAUCUGGUGGCUGGUGGAUAUUGUCCUUAUAGCUCUCCAGAUUCUCCGCCCAGUUGACAACUCGGAUUACAUUCUCUCGUCUUCGGCUCCGAGGAUGGUAAAGUUGCAGUUUGAUGCUGCGAGUGUAAUCAAAUUCACACACGAAGAGCUUUGA